CAUUUAUUGUGGAGAACAGAGGAGAUCUAUGGCGGACGAAGUGCCCUCCGCGCUCCUCAUCGAUUGAUCUCCUCUUAGUCGAGGACAAUAAAUAUAACGAAUCCAAUUUGGGUGAUUUCGGGCCAGGCCUAGAUCAACAACAUGGCUACGUUGAGGACGUUCAGAGUGGUGGUGGCGAUUGCGGCCGUGUGCUUGAUCGGCCAGGAAAAAUUCGUGAGCUGCGAUGAUCCCGACGGGUUGACAGAUUUCUGCGUCGGUGUGUUGCCGCAUGACAUGCACGUCUGGGAGACUGGCACCGAGGUCGGCGACUGGGAAAAACAAGGAUACGAUCCUUCCAAGAUGGGAGCAUAUAACGCAAGUGCAGCGAACUCCACGAGUGACGGCUCUCUGCCCUGCAAGGAUGUGGCCAAAGUCGACGCGAAGGACUUCACAUUCGGCGGGCUGAAGAAUUCACCCAAGGUGAACAACGCUCUAGGCUCCGUGGUGACUCCCGCCGCCGUCGGCCAGUUCCCGGCCCUGAACACGCUCGGAGUCUCGGCGGCUCGGAUCGAUUUCAGCAAAGGGGGCGUCAACCCGCCGCACGUUCAUCCUCGAGCAUCGGAGCUGCUCUUCGUCGUCGAAGGGACGAUCGACGUCGGCUUCGUGGACACGACGAACAAGCUCUUCGAGAACACUUUGGAGGCCGGCGAUCUCUUCGUCUUUCCCCGAGGCUUGGUGCACUUCCAGACGGAGAGCGGGAACGGCCGCGCCCUCGCCAUCGCCUUCCUCAGCAGCCAAAACCCCGGAGUGUCUCAGAUCGCCACCAGUCUCCUCGACUCCGACCCCAAAAUUCCCAGCGAUGUGCUCGAGAAAUCGUUUGGCAUCGAUCAGAAAGUGCUGAGCUCACUCUUCCACGGAGUCAGCGCCGUGUCGGGAUCGGUCCAUCCUUAGAUUUCCACUCCCCUCAUAAAAUCUCCUGUACAUAACUUCGUCACCGAGCGAUCGAUCGAAUGACCGUAAAUUGCAUGCGACCAGACUGUGAAGAGCCUGAUUCGACGUCCGUCUUGAGCACCAUUAGAUUUCCCCUUCCCACCAUAGAUUCUCCAGUACAGAACUUCGUCACCUAGCGAUCGAUCGAAUGACCGAAAAUUGCAUGCGACCAGACUGCGAAGAGCCCGAUUCGACGUCCGUCUCGAGGCAGCCCGAGCCCUUCUGGCCCCGAUGCACGACGAAGUUCGUCGUGCUCCCCCAGAAGAAUGCGGAUAUUGUGACUGACAGAGGUGAUCCGGAGGAUAAUGCAGGAAUCCGUAGGACGGUCCAGUAGGCCGGCCUUUUGAGCGCGGACGAUUUUAGGUGCUAGGAUCACAGAGUCAAACAUUGAGGCGACUUCUCUUGCGCAUUGACUUCCAAUUUAAGCUUCCGGUCGUCAUCGACCGCUGUCACGUUUACUUUUUCUUGCGUGCCAAUGACCAGAUAACUCAGUGCUGAAUCCGUUACGAUUUUUAACGAGUGAGUGGCUGUUCGCAAUGUGUUGUGCAAGAAAUCGCGAAUAUAUGCAAUCUUCUUGUCGCGCGUUUCAUUGACUGAAGUGCUGGCUUCGCGACUCUUGGGUACUUCCUCUUGGGAAUAUUUUAAUCGAGGAUGGAUAAGAAAGGAUUUUAAGCUGUUGAAUUUUAUAUAAUAAUAUUUAU